AUGGGCUUGCUAAAGAGGCGUUUAGAGUUAAAGCUCUGUUGUGAACAGCCCUUUGCCAACCAUGAUUCUGCUAGACUAAGUGGAUCCGUUUCGGUUUCAUUUAAUGCCAACCAACCACAUAAGAGGUACAGACUGAACAGCAUCACCUUUACUCUUGAUCUCGGCAUAAGUAAGGGCAUAACUAAUGUACUCUUCAAUUCUUCCUUACAGGUCAACAUACUGCCAUCUUUUGGUUUUCUUUUUGACAUUGAUGGUGUACUGGUACGAGGAAAGACUCCAAUUCCUGCUGCAAAAACAGCCUUUCAAAAGCUAGUGAAUUCUCAGGGACAGUUCUUAGUGCCUGUAGUAUUUGUUACCAAUGCAGGGAAUUGCCUUCGCCAGAAAAAAGCUGAUCAGUUGUCUCAUCUACUGGGAGUUCCAAUUUCACAAGAUCAAGUGAUGAUGUCUCACAGUCCUCUGCGGAUGUUCAAACGUUAUCAUGAAAAAUGUGUUCUUGUAUCUGGACAAGGACCGCUACUUGAUAUUGCUCAAGACCUUGGUUUCUGUCAACCUAUUACCAUUGAAACAUUGCGGGAGAAACACCCUUUGCUAGAUGUAGUUGACCAUGAGAGAAGACCUAACGUUCUGUACCCCUCUGCUGUGGAGCUUCCCAAGAUUGAGGCUGUUGUUUUGUUUGGGGAGCCAGUCAGAUGGGAAACCAACCUUCAAUUGAUAAUAGAUGUUUUGCUGACAAGUGGCUAUCCUGGAAAUCCGUACCACCAUGAAAAUUACCCUCACAUUCCUGUACUUGCUUGUAAUAUGGAUCUGAUGUGGGUAGCUGAAGCCCAGUCUCCAAGGUUUGGACAUGGAACAUUCAUGGUUUGUUUGGAAAACAUUUACAAGAAGAUCACUGGCAAAGAUCUGAAAUAUGAGGCCUUAAUGGGCAAACCUAGUAAACUGACCUACCAGUAUGCAGAAUACCUCAUCAGGGCUCAGGCAGCAGAGAGGAGAUGGAAGCAACCUAUUCAGACGCUUUAUGCUGUUGGAGAUAAUCUCAUGACUGACGUCUAUGGUGCUAACCUUUACAAUCGCUAUCUUGAAGAGAACUCCAGAAAAGGUUCAAAAUCACGGAUUCAGGCCAAAGUUGCUGGUGGCAGAGGAUCUGCUGCUCUCUCUCAGAAUGAUGAAAUAGACAACAGUUGGGAGAAUGAGUUGGCAUCUGCAGCUGCUGCCCGCUGUAGGUCUGUUCUUGUUUGUACUGGGGUUUACAACCCUCACACUGAGGUACCCCUGGAUACCAGGGAGACCAUCACAGAAGCGGUGUUCCAUGGCCACAGGGAUUUUAGAUUUGAUCCUGGUUUGGUAGAACCAGAUCAUAUUGUACCAGAUGUUGAUGCUGCCGUAGACCUGGUCUUCCAGCUGGAGAACUUUGCACCUAAUUGAGAUUAAAUGAUUUCUUAAGGACUACUUAAGUGCUAUGCUUUUCUUCCCCAAAACCAAACCCUGCUUUAAGAUCACACCACAAACUGCUGCUUUCUAACAUUUUUAACUUUUUAAUUCAUACAGUCUUAUAUCAAGUAUACUUAGUAGUAGUAUACUUAAGUAUAUUAAUAUACUUAAUAUAAGUAUAUUAAAUACCAAUAGUGCUUUUUAAAGUACUUUGAAAUAUGUAAUUUCUUGCUUUAGUUGCCCUUUAUUGUCCUCCCAUUCAUAAUGUUAGGUAUUUUAAUAGCAAUUUUUCAUAGUAGCUUAUGCAUGUUCAUACUUAAAUUCCCCCGUCAGUACCUUCUUUUGUUUGCUGGAAGAGUUAGCUUCUUGGCACUGGGGCUCUUGAGGCUGUCAGACUGUGAUGCUGGGGUCAUCCACACAGUUACAAAUUGGCUGGUACAGAGCACAACCUGUUACUGCUGGGGAUUCUGCAAGUAAGGAGCUCUCUUUUAAAUUAGGGCAAAGUGCAUGUCUGUUCUGCCACUCUGUACUUGUUCAGGUAUGACCCUGCAGCCUUUCUUGUCAUCUGUUUUUCCCAUGUGCCUGGAGCUGGUAUUGCUUCUCUCUACUCUGACAUGUAAAGCCUUAAUAGAAAUGCCCAUGUCGGAUGGAGAAGGCUGACUUGUAACCCCGUUUUUGGAACUCCAACUAAGCCGAACAGAGAGCAGCUAACACUGGGUGUUCUGUGCGGCAUAAUACCUGGCCUUUUUGUCUUUGCCUUUUUAUCUGCACUUUUUUGAGGAAUUAAGAAUCUUAGAAAGCUUCAGCAGUUAUGUUUUGGGUGUUUCUGUCAGUUGGACUUUUCCACUGAAUGAGUGACUACUGUUCGGGCAAAAAGUGCCUAGUAAUUUACUUGAAGCUUCACACCACUGUGGUAAUUAAUGGGCCUUUAGUGUGAUAUAUUUCAUCUUGUGUCAAUAUUAUGUGUUUGGUUCAUGGAUUUUAUAGCUGUUCAUUUUAAAAAAGAAGAAAAAAAUUAUGUUAUUUUUGUAAAAUACUUUUAAACAUUUUCAUCGAAAAGAUGCCUUUGAAAAUAUUUUUGUGUUUAUUUGUUAUAACACAGUAUAUGGUGUACUUGUGACAUGAGCUUUGAAAACAGAAGCCAAUUAAGUGUGUUUUAAAAACAAAGUCAACUUACACACAAAUAUCGCCUAACAUCACCUUGGGGGCUAGUCAGGUUUUAUGGUUGGUUUGUUUUGUUGUUUUGUUUUUUUUCGAAUUAUAAAUUGAACAAACAAAAAUCUGUGAGUCUUCAAUUUUCCCAAGUUCUUGCAAAACAAGCAUUGAUAGACAGAUGGUGGCAUAAAGAGAAAUUAUUUGCUGGCCAACUUCUUCACUGCUUAUUAUCUUGACAUCAGAAAUCUGAAAACUCAUGCCGUGAAGAGAACAUUGCUGCUAUGAAGUCGAGUUUUCUUGUGUUUUCUCUGUUUGCAAACCACUGUAAUCCUCCUCUCUACUUACCAGGAUUGUUGAUUCAUUCACGUGUAACAUUUCAUAAGUAGCUUUCAACAUAUCUUGCUGGAUCCAGUUUAAAGACACUGCUCUAAACAGUCUAUUUCCUGUUUCUUUACUGAGAAAGUAUUACAGCAGCACAUUCUUGCCUUUUUUCAUUGGUAUAAUAAACAGAUAUAUACCUAUAUCUUUAGCACUUUUCUGUAAUAUGCCAACUAUUUGCAAAGUAUGCCAAAUCUUUCUAAGUAAAGAUUGUAGUUUUGUAAAAUGUCAGGAUGACUUGAAGUUGCGUUGUUUCAGUACUGAAGCAUGUUGCAGAGUUUGUUAACUAUUACCAGAAGCAGUUUCAGGUUGUCAGUGAAGCAAGGAAUAAAAAAGUGGAAGUUGAUGAAG